AUGCACGACUUUCCGCCUUUAAAAAAUGAUCUUUUACUUCGAGCUGCUACCGGGCAACCUACCGAACGUGCACCAGUAUGGAUAAUGAGACAAGCUGGGAGAUACUUGCCUGAAUUCAAUAAAGAACGCGAAAAGCAUGAUUUUUUCACGAUAUGUCGAACUCCAGAACUAGCCACCCGCGUCACACUACAACCAAUCAAUAGAUACGACGGACUAUUAGAUGCGGCAAUUAUAUUUUCAGAUAUUCUUGUAGUUCCGCAGGCUCUCGGUAUGGUCGUUGAAAUGAUACCCGGCAAAGGUCCGAAUUUUCCUGAGCCUUUAGUUUUGCCCGAGGAUUUAAAGAAAUUGAAAGAAGUAGUAGAUGUGAAUAAGGAACUGGGAUACGUGUUUGAUGCGAUCACAAUGACACGUAAAGCUUUGGAAGGCAGAGUUCCUUUGAUUGGAUUUAUUGGUGCACCAUGGACUUUGAUGGCUUAUAUGAUUGAGGGUGGUGGUAGCAGUUCAUUGUCAAAAGCGAAAACAUGGAUAUUUAAGUAUCCCGCGGAUAGUCAUAAAUUGUUACAGAAAAUCACGGACAUUGCAGUAGAUUUCUUGGUGGGACAGAUAAAAGCUGGUGCUCAGAUCGUACAAGUAUUUGAAUCAUGGGGAGGCGAACUUUCACCCCACGAUUUCAACACUUUCUCACUACCAUAUCUAAAACAAAUCGCGCAACGCGUAAAAAAACAACUCUCGCAAGACGGGCUACCUUCUGUCCCGAUGAUAAUAUUCGCCAAAGGUUCAUGGUACGCGAUCGAAUCAUUAUCUGAGAUUGGGUACGAUACGAUUUCAUUGGAUUGGACAGUGGACCCCGCCUAUGCGAAAUUAAUCACAAAAGAUCGAAUCACUCUUCAAGGAAAUAUGGAUCCUUGUAUGCUGUUUGGCGGUGAUGACGCCAUUCGAGCAACUGUACGAAAGAUGUUGACUGCUUUCGGCACAAAUCGACGGUAUAUUGUGAAUUUGGGGCAUGGAAUUUUACCGACAGUUGAUCCGGAAGCAACUCGUGUUUUCUUGGAAACUGUGCAUAGUGUUGGGCUGGAAUUAAAUAAAAAUUGA